CUAGCUUAGAAAUCAAGGAUGAAGCUCCUUUUUGUAGCUGCAUUUGCACUCUUUGUGUUCUCCACAUUUGACAAGGCCGACUCUUCAGCUUAUGACAAAAUUGUUUUCCACAGUCGCGUCAGGGCAAGAAAAGAAGGACCCAAUGUCUGCGCACUCCAGCAAGUCAUGGGGACCAAGAAGAAGUACUUCAGCACUUGUCGUAAUUGGUACCGCGGGGCCAUCUGUGGAAAGAAAGCGACUGUGCUUUAUGAGUGCUGCCCAGGGUACAUGAAGUUGGAGGGCAUGCGUGGUUGCCCUGCAGUGGCCCCGAUUGACAAUGUGUAUGGCACCUUGGGUCUGGUGAAGGCCACCACAACCCAAAAAUACUCUGAUAUUUCUAAGCUAAGGCCUGAGAUUGAGGGAUCUGGAUCCUUCACCUUCUUUGCCCCCAGCAACGACGCCUGGGAGCUUUUGGAUGAAACAAUGAGGAGUGGACUGGUCAGCAAUAUCAACAUUGAACUGUACAACGCUCUGCAUUAUCACAUGGCCAACAAACGACUCUUGACUAAAGAUCUAAAGAAUGGAAUGACAGUCACCUCCAUGUACAAUGACCUUGGUCUCCAAAUUAACCAUUACUCCAAUGGGGUGGUGACUGUGAACUGCGCUAGGAUUAUCCAUGGCAAUCAGGUUGCCACCAAUGGCAUUGUGCAUGUCGUUGACCGUGUUGUCAGUGCUGUUGGAAACACAAUCCAGGAUGUCAUUGAGAUUGACGAUGACCUGACAACUCUGAGCGAUGUGGCUCUAACGGCUGGAUUCUUGGAGAAGCUCGGUCAACCAGGACAUUACACUCUAUUUGCCCCCACCAACGAAGCCUUUGAGAGUCUGGGCAGUGAAGUGCUGGAGAGACUUCAGGGCGACAAGGCGGUCCUCACGGCUCUUCUGAAUUUCCACCUUCUGGACUCAGUCCAGUGCUCUGAGGCCAUCAUGGCUGGCAGCUCUUAUGAGACCCUUGAGGGCAACAAUAUUGAUAUUGGCUGCGAUGGUGAAAGUCUAACAGUCAACGGCAUUAAGAUGGUGCGCAAGAAGGACAUUGUCACGACCAAUGGUGUCAUCCACCUUAUUGACCAAGUGCUCAUGCCAGACUCAGCUAAACAGGUGAUGGAACUGGUAGGAAGUUCCCAGUCAACGUUUGGUGACAUGGUAUCCGAGCUGGGCCUUUCUGCUGCCAUGAGACCAGGCACUGAGUACACAUUGCUGGCUCCCUUCAAUGCUGCCUUCAGUGAUGAAGUGAUGUCCAUGGAUCAGAGUUUGCUCAAGAUUAUCCUGGAGAGCCACAUCUUGAAAAGAAAGAUUGUCCUGGGAGAGUUGUUCAAUGGCCAGCUGCUGGAGACCAUUGCAGGGAAAUUUCUGAGAGUCUUCAUCUAUCGCACAGCUGUGUGCAUUGAGAAUUCCUGUCUGGUAAGAGGCAGUAAAGAAGGAAGCAAUGGGGCCCUUCAUCUCAUGAGGACUCUGUUGAAACCGGCGGAAAAAUCGAUGUUUGAAAUUCUGACAGAAAAUAGAGGGUUCAAGAUCUUUUUGUCUCUGAUGGAAGCUGCUGGCUUGACAGACCUGCUGAAACAAGAGGGAGACGUUACUCUGUUUGCCCCGAGCGAUAAGGCUUUCGCUGGUUUAAGUGAAAGGGAUUUGUCCUUGUUGAAGAGUGACAUGAAUGCUCUCAGAACCAUCCUUUUGUAUCACAUCAAUAAUGGCAUCUUCAUUGGUGGUGGUUUGGAGACUGGGGUGACAAACCUUCUCAAGUCUCUUCAGGGCAGCAACCUCAGAGUGAUGUCUGCAAACAACUCUAUGCUAGUGAAUUCUGUCCAAGUCCCUGAAUCUGAUAUCAUGGCCACAAAUGGAGUCAUCCACUUCGUCAAUCAAGUCUUGUAUCCAGGAGAUGUGCCAGUUGGAAGCCAGGAUUUCCUCAUGCUAUUGAAGAGGCUCAUCUCUUACAUGCAAAUCAAGUUCAUAUCAGGGUUCAGAUAUCAGGAAAUGCCCCUUACAUUUCUGAAGAGGAUCAUCAUCGAGGAAGUUCCUGAUAUAACUAAAGUGACCAGGGUCAUUCAAGGGGAACCCACUAUCACUAAGGUUACCAGGGUCAUUGGAGGCCGUCAGUUCUCAGUCAGCUCUCACACCACCAACAUCGGUCCGGGAGAAUUUGAUGUUUCAAACAUUGAGGGGGACAGUGAAAGUCUUGCCCAAUACAUCCAAGAUGGCAACAAGAGGAGGGGAAGGAUCUGAGCAUGGACGGAUGAGAAUAUCGACCAUGUAAAGGCAGAGAGAGACACCAAACCCAGAGGUUGAAACUAGUGUUUUUUUUAAUACAGAAUACACUUAAAAUGUCAGUGAUUUAAAAUGUUGACAAAUUGACAAAAGUAAAAUAUUUUCACAAACAAUUGAAUUGUGCUUUGAAUGUAUAUCUAUUAUGAGUGUUCAAUGUCAGCAUAUGUAAACAGGGUUAAAAUUUACAUUUUGGCAUUACUUUAAAGACGCCAAGCAAGUCAGGGUAGCAAUAUUUUUUUAAAUCCGAACCAUUAGAGUCGCAAUAAAAACAUUUCAGUUCUACACUUUAAACUUUCGCUAGAGGUGAAGGUUAAAACAAGGAUAUGUUACGAGCGGUAUUGGAAGAUUUAUAAAUCUCAGCAUGAUAAAAAAUAGAAAAAUAAAUGGUGUGUUUUCAGACUUCAAUGAUUUUCUACGUAUCUGUGGCUGUGAGUUGUUUAAGGUUUCAUGUAAAUUGUGUCUAUGCUUGUAUUUUUUGGAUCGAUGUAUUCAACUGCAGAUUGUUUCCUUUCUAUUUUUUAAACAUCUUCCAAUAAAAUGCAUUCUCUUAUAUAAAUAUGCCUGUUUAAAAAGGCCGUUGUUUGGAGUCAUUUCUAAUGUACUUGGAAGGCUUUUAAGUAGUCGACUGUGGUUUAGAAAAGUUGAAUAUCAAAUGUCAAAUCUAAAUGUGUCUGCAUUUUGUAUUUCCAAGAACAGACUAGUCUCCUAGACUCUAAG